AUGUCAGACCGGCACCUCUUCACCACCCUCGAAGGGCUGGUCCCCAAAGCCCUCCGCGGCAUAGUCGCCAGCAACCCGCGCCUCCGCCUCGACGAAACCAACCGCGUAGUCUUCGACUCGGCCGUCUCUGCCUCCCCCUCGCAAAAAAAAGUCAGCAUAAUCUCCGGCGGCGGCUCCGGCCAUGAGCCCGCCUGGUCCGGCUACGUCGGCACCAACAUGCUGUCCGCCGCCGUAGCAGGCGACGUCUUUGCCUCACCGAGCACUAAACAAAUCCUCGCUGCUAUCGACGCCGUCACCUCCUCCUCCUCCCCUUCCCAGGGAGUCUUACUCGUCAUCACCAACUACACCGGCGACUGCCUACACUUCGGUCUAGCCGCGGAAAAGACCAAGGCGCGCGGGAUCCCGUGUCGGAUGUUGAUUUGCGGGGAUGACGUUUCCAUCGGGGGCAAGGCGUCUGGUGCGUCACAGUUGGUUGGGAGGAGGGGGUUGGCGGGGCAGAUUGGGGUGCUCAAGAUCUUGGGCGCCGCGGCGAAUGCCCCCUCGGGGCCAGCUACGCUGGAUGGGCUGUAUGGGCUAGGCACGGCGGUGAAUGCGCAAAUUGUGAGUAUUGCCGCUACGCUGGACCACUGCCAUGUUCCCGGACGGACGGAGCAUGGAGUGCUAGGGAAGGAUGAAGUUGAGAUCGGGACGGGACCGCAUAAUGAGCCUGGGUAUAGGAAAUUGAGUCCUGCGCCGACGGCGGAGGGGUUGGUGAGGGAGAUAUUGCGGUAUUUGUUGGAUGAGACGGAUCCGGAGAGGGGGUAUGUGCAUUUUGCGGAUGGGGAUGAGACGGCGUUGUUGGUGAGUAAUUUUGGGGGGAUGUCGAAUUUGGAGUUGGGCGGGUUGGUGGAUGAGUUGUUGGGGCAGUUGCUGGGGGAGUGGAAGAUUGCGCCGGUGAGGGUGUAUGCUGGGUGCUUGGAGACGUCGUUGAAUGCGCCGGCGUUCUCGGUGUCGAUUGUUAACUUGUCGGGUGUGGCCCGGACGGAGGGGAUCCCGUACUCGCUGGAUGAUCUUAAGGGGUUUCUCGAUACCCGGACUGAUACUGCCUGGGAAGCGGUCGGCGCUGGAUCACAGCAUAUCGGUUCAGCGGCUGUCCAACCUCGCGCAUCUCAGAUCGUCACCCCUACUACCUCCUCCUCUGCCUCGGAAUCCCAGUCAACGCCCUCCCCAGCGAACGACCUCCUCGUCCCCCCCACCCAACUCACCACCGCCCUCCAACGCGCCUGCACCGCCCUCUCAUCCGCCGAACCCGACCUCACAAAAUGGGACACCAUCAUGGGCGACGGCGACUGCGGGCUCACCCUGCAAACCGGCGCCCACGCCCUUCUCGACGCAGUCAACAACGACAAGAUAACCGCCACGGGAUCCAUCGUCACCGUCCUCGCAGCCGUCGAAGAAAUAGUCGAGUCCCGCAUGGGCGGAACCCUCGGCGGGAUUCUCGGUAUCUUCUUCGUCGCCCUCCGCCGGGCAGUUCAAGAGAAUGUCCAACUCCAAUCUAUCGCUUCCGCCGCAGCCGAGGAGUUCGCCCCUCCCACUGCUUCCCCUUCCUCCUCGAACGAAGCGACCACCCGCAUUCUAGCCACAUCCCUCCUGUCCGCAGUCCACCACCUCUCGCAAUACACCCCCGCCCAAGUCGGCGACCGCACAGUCAUGGACACGUUGAUUCCUUUCGCGGAAGCGAUGCAUUCCGCCCAGAGUUUUGAGGCGGGCGUGAAAGCGGCUGUGGCGGGGGCCGAGAAGACGAGGACACUGAAGCCCAGGCUGGGGAGGGCGACGUAUGUGGGUGUUGAGACGGGGGAGGAUGGGAAGGUGGAUUUGGUGCCUGAUCCGGGGGCGUGGGGAGUUAUGGUUGCUAUUAGGGGGUUGUUGGAGGGGUUGGGGGAGGUGUAA